AUGGCGCGGUCGUUCAAGUCGGGCAAACAUUCUGGUAAUGCCUCUUCCUCUUCCUCCUCCUCCUCUCUUUUUAGCAAACUGCCCGAGCGCUUGGACCUGUCGGAGAAAGUGAAGAACACCCUGCGACGCCGCAUUGCGCAUGCCGUCGAGGACGUCCUGGACAGCAUGAUGCAAGAAGGCACGGAGGAUAGCAAUUGGCGGGGCAAGAUGCAAAAGGAUGGCAUUGCGUACUAUGAAGACCGAGAGAGUGUGUCGAAAACGCAGACGCGGUUUUGCUGCGUAGACUCCACGGAAGCCGCUGUGGAAGACGUCGUCAGUCUCUUUGUGGUAUCGGAUACCGACAUGCUCUUGCAGCGAUGUCGCAUUCUGUACGACAAUGUCAUUGACGCUCGGAUUCUAAACGUGCUCGAGUGCCCGUCGGAAGAGCAUCCAAUGCGGUCGUCGUACAUCCGCUACACGGCAUUCAAGGGACGCACGAUGCAGCGCAAACGCGACAUGUGCGUGGUCGUUUCGACGGACGUCAUCCAGUGUCCAGAUGGAUCUACAGUCGGCUAUUGCGUGUGGGACUCGCUUAAUCUACUGGAGAUAUCCCAGCUGCAUACACCACAUGGCUUCGUCCGGACUCGGAUGUCGCGAUCGGGAUACUUUGUGCAGAACUCUGGACUGAUCGACGCUAAGACCAAGGUCGUGUACAUUGUCGGCAUUGAAGCAGGUGGGCUUGCGCCACGACUGUCAGCGCGCUACUACAUGCCCCGAUUUGGCGAAGUGCUUGGUCGGAUCACCACGCACCUCCGUUCUAGGCAACUUGAUCCAUCGACGUUUAUCGAUCAGUCGAGGUGGGCGGAUAAAGAAGCUGCAGAAUUCUGCCAAUGCUGUAGCAAACACUUUGGUGCCGUGAAGUUGCUGGACACUCGACGCUACAACUGCGUGUCUUGUGGUGACGUCAUUUGCCAUGCUUGUCACCACGUAGAAGAAGUUCAUGUUUCGGAUGCUGACAAGGCGAAAGUGGGCAUCUGCGUUGGAUGCAGGACCCGCGAUGGUGGGAGGCGGCUGUCAAGAUGGUCGCGUUGGAGCACAAGCUUCUCGUCGAGCUCGACCACAUCUUCGGGAGUAUCGCUGUCCAUGUGA